AAUUUGCAUCACCAAAAAGCGGGCAAUGUCAGCUAAAGUAUUUGGUUGAAUGCUGAAACAUCGGCAAGCAAAAUAUUUCGCGCAUCUCAACUGUUUUACUUGGCAUUCUAGGUACUAGUAUAUUUUUCAAACCAAAUUUGGUUAUAAUUUGAUCAGCCAAUAUGGACUGCCUGCAGCAAUUUGAAGUGCAAACUUCAAAACAAAACAACGCCUCGCGCCUUUCCCUGCGGAACUGCACCAGGCCGAUCGGCGUGGCGCCACCCAUCCCAUGCUUGAGGCGGCCGGUGGCCGCACGCCGUCGACGCACCCGGCGCUGCGCCACUGCGUUGCGCUCCUCCGCCUCCACCUCGCCACCCCGUCCCUCGCCGCCGCCAAGCAGCUCCACGCGCGCGCCCUCCGCGCGGGCGUGCCGCCCUCCCACCCGCUCCUCGCCAAGCACCUCCUCUUCCACCUUGCCGCCCUCCGCGCACCUCCCCUGCGCUACGCCGUCGCCGUCCUCACCCGCAUCCUCCCGGACCCGGACCCUUUCUCCCUCAACACCGUCCUCCGCAUCGCCGCGUCCUCGCCGCGCCCGCGCCUGGCCCUCGCGCUCCACGCCCGCCGCCUCGCGCCGCCCGACACGCACACCUACCCGCCGCUGCUCCAGGCGUGCGCGCGCAUCCUGUCCCUCCGCGACGGGGAGCGCAUCCACGCCGAGGCCGCCAAGAACGGCCUCGACACGCUCGUCUUCGUCAAGAACUCGCUCGUCCAUUUCUACGGCGCGUGCGGCCUGUUCGAGAGCGCGCACAGGGUGUUCGAUGAAAUACCCGUUCGCGAGCGUAACCUCGUCUCCUGGAACUCGAUGCUCAACGGGUUCGCUGCCAAUGGCCGCCCCAACGAGGUGCUCACCGUGUUCCGGGAGAUGAUGGACGUUGACUUCGCGCCGGAUGGAUUCACUAUGGUGAGUGUACUGACGGCGUGUGCUGAGAUUGGUGCGCUCGCUCUUGGGCGGAGGGUGCACGUGUAUCUUGCAAAGGUUGGAUUGGUGGGUAACUCGCAUGUUGGCAACGCCCUGAUUGAUUUGUACGCCAAAUGCGGAGGUGUUGAUGAUGCAAGGAGGGUGUUUGAGGAGAUGGGGGCGGGGCGAACUGUUGUCUCGUGGACUUCAUUGAUUGUGGGCUUGGCAGUGAAUGGUUUUGGGAAGGAAGCGCUGGAACUGUUCAGUGUGAUGGAGAGGGAGAAGCUUGUGCCGACUGAAAUAACGAUGGUCGGAGUACUGUACGCUUGCAGCCACUGUGGGCUGGUUGAUGAUGGAUUUAUGUAUUUUGAUAGGAUGAAAGAGGAAUAUGGCAUCACACCAAGGAUUGAGCAUUUGGGAUGUAUGGUGGAUCUGUUGGGAAGAGCUGGUAAGGUCGAGGAAGCUUAUGAUUAUAUAGUCACCAUGCCAUUGGAGCCCAAUGCUGUCGUGUGGAGGACCUUGUUGGGUGCUUGUGCGAUGCACAAGAAGUUGGAACUUGGGGAGGCUGCUUGGGCAAGGCUGAUUGAGCUUGAUCCAGGGCAUAGUGGAGACUACGUUCUCCUCUCGAACCUUUAUGCUGCUGUUGGGAGAUGGGCAGAUGUUCAUGUGCUUAGGAAAACAAUGGUCAAAGAUGGAGUGAGGAAGAACCCUGGGCGCAGUCUUGUGGAGCUCCGCAACUCUGUGUAUGAGUUUGUUAUGGGUGAUAGGUCUCAUCCUGAGAGUGAACAGAUAUACAAAAUGCUUUCUCAGAUAGCCGAGAGACUCAGACGUGAAGGCCAUGUCCCUCACACAAGCAAUGUAUUGGCAGAUAUAGAAGAUGAAGAGAAAGAGACUGCCUUGAACUACCAUAGUGAGAGGCUGGCCAUUGCAUUUGCCUUGCUGAAGUCUCUCCCUGGUACUCCCAUCAGGAUAGUGAAGAACUUAAGAGUGUGUGGUGAUUGUCAUAUGGCAAUUAAGCUAAUAUCAAAGAUUUAUGACCGGGAAAUCAUUGUUCGGGAUCGCAGUAGGUUCCAUCAUUUCAAAGGGGGAUCAUGUUCAUGUAAAGAUUACUGGUAGUUGAUUACUGAAUUGACUGUCUUACUGGAUUCUGAUUGCACAAGCCAAGAAGUUCUAUUUAUAUGGAUUCAGACCCCGCAUCAAGCUUUUGCUGCCCUGGAGCAGCAAUUUUGAGGCAGCCUCAUAUAUUAUAGGCCAUGCUUUCACGACUCUCUUUCCAACAACAUCAAUGCAAGACUGAAGACCCUUACAACCUUAUAAAGCUUGUAGGGAGCAAGGUUAGAAUAUAACUGCUUUCUUCAUGACAUCAUGCACCCAAGGCUAGCUUAUGUUAUA